GUCCCGCGUGGCCCGGAGAGGAACUCCCCGCUCCCGGCGUGCACUCCCGCUUGGCCAGCGCUCACCAUGCGGCCCCUCGUCCUGCUGUGGGGCUGCCUCGUGCUCCCAGGUUGUGGAGCCCUGGUGGGCCCGAAGGAGAUCAGCGGCUUUGAAGGUGGCACCGUGUCCCUGCAGUGCACCUACGGGGAAGAGCUGAAGAAGUACAAGAAAUACUGGUGCCGGGAGAGCGGGUUCUUGAUCUCCCGCUGCUCUGGGACUGUCUACUCUGGAGAAUAUGGCCAGGAAGGCAGGGUGUCUGUCCACGACAACCCCCGGCAGCUGAGGUUUGAGGUGGUCCUGAGGAACCUCACCCUGAAGGACAUGGGGCAGUACUGGUGUGGGGUCAAAAGAGUGGGCUUCGAUAAGACUUUCUCGGUUUCUUUGCUCGUCUUUCCAGGGACCUCUCCUCACCCGGCAACCUCUCCAUUUGCCAGGACCUCUUCUCACCCAGCAACCUCUCCGUAUGCAGGGACCUCUCCUCACCCGGCAACCUCUCCAUUUGCCAGGACCUCUUCUCACCCAGCAACCUCUCCGUAUGCAGGGACCUCUCCUCACCCGGCAACCUCUCCAUUUGCCAGGACCUCUUCUCACCCAGCAACCUCUCCGUAUGCAGGGACCUCUCCACAUGCAAGGACCUCUCCGUAUGCAGCAGCCCUUCCAAAUGCAGGGACCUCUCCUCACCCGGCAACCUCUCCUCCUGCAGGGAUCUCCCGCCAAGCCACACAGCUGGACUCCACCUCAACAGAGGACACCAGUUUUGUCCCCAGCAGAAGCAGUUCCAAGCCCAGGGUGUCCAUCCCGAUGACCCGCAUGUUGGCCCCGGUCCUGGUGCUGCUGGCCCUUCUGCUGGCCACAGGCCUGGCCGCCCUCGGCAGCUACGUGCUCCAGUGGAGGAAGAAAGCUCAACUGGCCAUGGAGACACCGAGGAAGGAGAAGGUCCAUCUCUCCCACUUGACUCAAGGUCAAGUUCUCCUACAUAAGCUGGUGAGGAGGAGGGAGACUGCUGGGUUAGACCGGAUUCUGAUUUCUCAAAGCCGGGCUGUGAACCUCCUGCAUCCCAGUCCUUCAGGAAGCUGGUUAAAAAGAUAAUUCCUGGGCCCCAUCAAGAACUACCAAAACGGAACUUCCCUGUUGGCACAGUGGUUAAGAAUCUGCCUGCCAACACAGAGGACACAGGUCAGAUCCCUGGUCCGGGAAGAUCCCACAUGCCGCAGAGCAACUAAGCCCAUGCUCCACAACUACUGAGCCUGCGCUCUAGAGCCCACGAGCCACAACUACUGAGCCCAUGCACCACAACUACUGAAGCCCACGCGCCUAGAGCCCGUGCUCUGCAACAAGAGAAGCCACUGCGAUGAGAAGCCUGCGCACCGCACCGAAGAGUAGCCCCCGCUCGCCGCAACUAGAGAAAGCCCGCGCGCGGCGACGAAGCCAAAAAUAAUUUAAAAAAAAAAGAACUACCAAAACCAUCUCUGAGGCUGGGCCCGGGACUCUGCAUUUCUAACAAGUGCCCUGGUGAUUCUAACUCUUGAGUUUGUGCACCAGUGGGCUGGUUGAGCUCUCAGGCCCCUCCAGUUUAGAGAGUCUACAUUUGGUGUGUGGAGUCUCCCCCCUGCCCCCUAUAGGGCCUACUCUGCCCAUGACACCAUGACCCAGCUGGGGGCUUUCCUGGACCUGCCCGAGUCCAGGCCCAGGUCAAGUGCACAUUGGAAGGGGUGAGCCCAGGACUGGCGGGGAGUGGUUGUCUUUCUGAUCUCCCUACCCAGCCAUGCAUUCCAGGCUUUGGAAGGAGGAUGGAAAAAAGCACAUCUCCUUCCUUGUCAAGAAAGGGUUGACUACCUGUGGGUUCUGAGAGCUGGGGAAGGGGUAGGAAAACACAGGGUACAGGUGGAGGUGGGUAUCUAAAAGGGAGGAGGGAGGGGACAGUGCAGGACCCUAAGGGGAACCUGACGGUGACCUGGAGUUUGGUCCCCUGGAGUGGGCGGACGGAAGGUAGAAUAACAGAACUACUGGGUUUUUGAAAAAUGAACCGGGGGCUGCUCAAUAUACAAAACCUAGAAAGAUGGGGGGAUAAAAGGAAGAAAACAUAUCACCCAUCAUCUCACCGCUACCCAAAGACAAAAUUAUUGCAAUUUGUUGUAUUUCUUUCCAGUCUUUUUUCUCCACAUCACUUGCUGAUGUGCUUCUACAAAUUAUUUUGUACAUACAACUUUAUAUCCUGCUUUUCCCACUUAAUUAUUAUAUCAUAAGCAUGUUUUUGCAUAGUGU